UGCCUUUCCCCUGGGUGUUUGGAGGGGGCGUGGUCGUCCUCUCUCCCCCGCCCCUGGCCACUUGAGGGGUUUCCAGCAGGAGAUUAUUUGAUCGAUCCAACAAUGAUUCAUUUCACCGCCUUGGCCAUUCCCCAUUCCGAGGAUCUCCUUUGUGUCCCCCACCAUUGCCCAGCGGAGGGACUGACUCACAUCCAGAUUCUUUCUCGUCACAGCAGGAGCUGAGAUUUAAGAGCGAGGACGAGGAGGAAUCGGCAGCAGGUAGGUGAUGAGACAAUGGAUCCGGAUGGGACCGCCUCAGGAAUCUCUGAAGCUGAUGAACACCAGAGUCCUGGGCAGGGAGAAGCUCGCGAGGAUCGCAGUGGGUUGGAAGAGCAGGCAGAUGGCGAUCCUGAUGCUGUCAGGGGAAGUUUAAAUGUCCAGGAUGGCACCCAGCAAGGGGAGGAUCCAGCCACAUGGGCUGAGCCAGGGAGAGGCCCCAGUGGGAGCUCAGAACAUAGGGCCCAGGAAAGAACCCAGCUGCGGCAGAAACCCCAUUGCUGCCCUGACUGCGGGAAGGCGUUCAGCUGGAGCUCCCACCUCCUUCAGCACCAGCGGGUCCACACAGGGCAGAGGCCCUACAAAUGUUCUGACUGCGGGAAGGGCUUCACCCAGAGUUCAGACCUCAUUACCCACCAGAGAAUUCACACAGGCGAAAAACCCCACCGCUGCCACCAGUGUGGAAAGGGCUUCAGUGUCAGCUCAGGGCUGGCCCGGCACAGGCGAGUCCACACUGGGGAGCGCCCCUACAAGUGCCCUGAGUGUGGGAAGCGCUUUGGUCGCAAUUCCAACCUGCUGACCCACCAGCGCACGCACACAGGGGAGCGCCCCUACCAGUGUGGGGAAUGCGGGCAGUGCUUCAGCCACAGCUCCACCCUUGCCAAGCACCGGCGGCUGCACACAGGGGAACGCCCCUACACCUGUGCCGACUGCGGGCAGUGCUUCAGCCUGGGCUCCACCCUG